AUGGGCUUGGCUGUGGAGCUCAAGGAUGGCGAGAGCAAAACCCGCGGCUACGCCGGGACCCCAGGGUUCAUGGCCCCCGAGCUGCUCAAGAACGAGGACUAUGAUUGGUCGGUCGAUUACUUCACGCUGGGGGUGACCAUCUACGAGAUGCUGGAGGCCAAGGGACCCUUCCGCCGGCGGGGGGAGAAGGUGGAGAACAAGGAGGUGACGCGGCGCAUCUUGAAUGACCCCGUGUCCUACUCGGACAAGUUCAGCGCGGCCGCGCGCGAGGCCUGCGAGGGGCUCCUGGCCAAGGACCCCCAGGCCCGCCUGGGCUUCCGCGACAACGGCUGCGCCCAGCUCAAGGCCCACGCCUUCUUCAGGACCAUCAACUGGCGCCUCGAGGCUGGUCUGGUGCCGCCGCCGUUCGUGCCGGACCCGCGCCGGGUGUACGCCAAGGACCUGGGGGACGUGGGGGCGUUCUCGACGGUGAAGGGCGUGGAGCUGGACGCGGGGGACGCGGCGCUGUGCGACGCCUUCGCCUCGGGCACGGUGCCCAUCCCCUGGCAGGAGGAGCUCAUCGAGACCGGCGUCUUCGAGGAGCUCAACGUGUGGGGGGCGCCGGGGACGCUGCCCCCCGACCUGGACCCCAGCGCCGCGGGGGGCGCCGCGGGGAAAUCCUCGACGUGCCGGCUGCUCUGA